AUGUCAAAAUCCAAACGUCGUCACCACCCUACAAAUCUGGUGCAGCAAACCCAGUCACCGGAAUGCUCUUCGUCACCAUCAUCUCCAGUCAAGGAAAAAGGCCGGCGCCGUGAUGACCAGCACAAGAUCAAGAAGAGGCACAAGGCCAAAAAGAGGUUACCCUCGUCUUCGCAAUUGUUCAAAAAGCACGGAUUGAACUCGGAAUCACCACAGGCGGAGUCAUCCGAUCAUCCGCUCACGGACGAUGAGCGAGCCAAACCACGCUCAUUUGAUAGCUCCCGAGUAAAGGUUCAGGAUCCAGGAUCAUCACGCAAACGUUCACGGACUUCACUGCAGCGUACGCCUCCACUUCAAGUGAAUACGGUGUAUGAGUCUGAGUUUGAGUUCGAAUAUAAAGAUCCGGCUCAGGCCAAGGCACUAUUGAAGUCACGAUUGACUUUUCGAUCACCUCCAUCAUCACCGCAAAAGGUUGCAGGCCUCGAAAAUGUCACGCUAGUCUCUGAUAGUGAAUGUGGGAACAAGGCCCGUGAAGUAUCAUCAUCAGAUACAGACUCGGAAUCCGAAAGAGGAAGCAACCCAGCCUCGCCAUCACCGUCAUCUCCCUCAUCGCUGCAAAGGCUUGUGGAUCUUAAAAAUACCACGCCAGUAUCUGAUCAUGACCGCCAGCACACGCCUCGUGGGGCAUCAUUAUCAGAUUCAAUGUCAGAGUCACAGUCAGUCAUUACACCUGAAUCGGAAAUAGAAUCUGUCUUGCCAUCGCCAGCAUUGCCAGAAAGAGUGCUGGGUCAGGAAAGAACCACACUAGUUUCUCACCAUGACUAUGGGCAGCAGACCCGUGAAUCAUCGACAUCUGAUGCUGACACUGAGUGGGAAACUAUAUCUGAGGCAGAACCGAGCUCAGAGCCGGAACUCUCCUCGUCGUCGCCUUCACCAUGCAAAACGACAGCCCUGAAACGAAACAAAUUAAAUAUAUACCAGAGCUCGCGGCGCAUGGCAGCGCCAUUUCCAGCUCCCUCCCCACCGGACUGUCUCCGUGAAUUUGAAUCUGAACCUAUCUUGCCAUCGGAACAUCGCUGGUCUAUCUUCUCAUCACUGAAAAGGUCGAUCUAUUCGGAGCCAACGAUACAAAACUUCAGAAGUGAGCAUUUGCGCAAAGCCUGCGAGUGGAAAAAACCACCAGCACCGUCGGAAUCCCGAUUAAAUUCAGAAAUAGGAUUCGCAACUCCAUCAAGGAAAUCUGUGUCUGAAACAGAAUACGAACCACAUGAAUCUGAACGUGAAUCUCGAGAUCUGUCUCCUACUCAAACAACAAUAACACCAGCGUCAUCUCCGCCUGUACCUCCAGUUCUCUCACAAGUUCGAUCUCGACUCCUUUCUCCGUUUCCCGCGCCUCAACGCUGGUUACCUAGACUAGAAGGGCCAGAUCAGGAAUCGGCAUUUAUCCCAACUGUCUGGGCCCCGCGUCUCCGGCACAGAUGCGACAUCAAGCGCCCCAAAGUUCCUCUCAUGAUAAACGGCAAAAGGUUCCCAAGGCUUUUCGCUGAAAUUCCGGCUGGUGGUCACGAGAAUAUCGAGUUCAUAUUCCCGGACAACUCCGAUGAUGAUCCUGAUUUUGAUGAUCCUGACAUUGAUGACCCUGAUUCUGAGCUUCCAGGGGCUAAACGGCGUAGAGUAGGGUUGACAGAACGAGAGGAGUCACUUUCAGAGGCUCAGGAGUCAACAAAUCCUGAGCUAUUGCCAGAGCCCGAGCCAGAGCCAGAGGCCGAUUCAGAGCCGGAUCAAGUCAUAGAUCUCGGGGAAUUACUUGACCUUGCUCGAUCGUCGAAUUUAGAGCCUUUGCCUGAGCUUGAAUUAUUAGAUCCCGAGCCACUGUCCGUGCUUGAAAGAUCAUCAGACCUCGAGAGAUUGAACCCUCAGAGAUCAUCGGGUUCCGAGAGCGACAACCCGCGCACUCCUACUUCUAUCCGGGAUGAGUUACCAGUAUGGCGAACCAGGCAUCUUAACAAGAAGAUUGAUGAGGCGGUUGUGAUAGACAAGGAACAGAAUCCGAAGUACUGGGGCGGUUCAUGGAUGAAAGAAUAUGCGAGAGGCGGGGAGAUAAAGAAGCAGGUCGAGGCUGCGUACGCCCAAGAAAUGAAGCAGAAGAAGGAAGACACGGAAAAAAUGAAAAGGAAAAGACAGGAGAGGGAUAAAAACCUGAAGGAGAAAAGGGAGAGAGAGAAAAAACAAAGGGAAGAGCAAAGGAUGCAGCAGGAGAGGGAAGAGAGAGAAGCACAGAAGAAAAAGGAAGAGGAGAAAGAGAAGCAGAGGCAGCAGAAGGAAAGCCAGAACAGAGAGGAGUUGGAACGACGGAGGGCGAGGGCGAGGGCGAAGGACAAGCCGAAAAACGUGUUAUCGAUGUUGCGGGAGAUGCUAGACGAGGAAAAAAGGACUGCAGGGGUUCAGGCUCGCCCUGAACUUAUAGGAAAUCAGAGUAUUGCGGAGGUGCAGAGGUUACAGAUAGCCAUCGAUGCAGUCAAGUCGUGGGAGCGAAAGAAGGAAAGGGAGAGGGAAAUUGAAAGAGGAGAAAGAGGAGUAUGA